AAAGCAUCGAGCUUCGCCCGAACGAAUUGGUUUUCCUGUCCGCUUCUUUGGGACAACUCCGUCUGGUUCUCGUCCAGGACUCGUUACACGCAGCCAAAUGGCAUCCAGGUCGUCGUUACUUCCAGGUGCCCUCGAGUGGAGGCUCGUGCUGGCCGGUACCUGCUUAUUCUCGGUCGGGGUUAUCGCCGGAGGGCUUUGGAACAAGAAAAAAGCUUCUAUCGUGCGGUCUCCGAGGGUCACGGUCCUGCCAAAGCUGUCUCCGGAGGAGAUUGCCGCAAUCCCGUAUCCCCCAGACGUGCUGCCUGGGGCACGCGAUGUUGACACGCCCUACGGCUCGAUAAGAGUGUACGAGUUCGGUCCGGAAGAUGGGCGAAAAGUCCUCCUGGUUCAUGGCAUCAGCACUCCCGCGAUCGCGCUGGGAGCCGUUGCCCACGCCCUUGUGGACAAUGGAUGUCGCGUCAUGCUCUUCGACCUGUUCGGACGAGGCUAUUCCGACAACCCUGCAGACCUCGCUCACGACAUCCGACUUUUCACGACUCAGAUCCUGCUCGUCCUAGCCUCAUCUCCGUUGUCGUGGACCGGCAAGGACUCUGGAAAAUUCUCGCUCAUCGGCUAUUCUCUUGGCGGCGGCAUUGCUAUAACCUUUGCAUCCUACUUCCCCAACCUGAUUGACAGCCUGAUCCUAUUUGCGCCUGCGGGGAUCUUGAGGCCUUAUCAUAUCAGCAGGACAAGCCACAUCAUCUAUUCGGAGGGCCUUAUCCCAGAGUCAUUGCUACAAAGUUUGGUCAGAAAGCGACUACGAAGACCAAUGGCCACACCUUUGAAGAAGCCAGUAGACAAGGACAACAUGGUGGACGCAACCGAGGCAGUGGCGGCUGAAGUCAACCUCGAAUCCAAUUCACAAGCCGUUCUCUCCAAGAUCCGUCCUCACGUCACGGUUGAGAAGACAGUCAUCUACCAGCUAGACAACUACCCGGGCUUCGUCGCUGCGUUCAUGUCUAGCAUCCGCUAUGGUCCCGUGCGGCAUCAGCAUGACCGAUGGCGGAUCUUUGGGGAGCAUUUGGCCCGCAUCAACGAAGAGAAAGGUACGCAGAAGAAGGUGCUGGUCGUUUUGGGUGCCAAUGACCCUAUCAUCAUCCAAAGGGAGGUCGAGGAAGAUGCGACAGAAGUGCUUUCGGGCAAUGUGGAAUUUGCCGUCUUCGAGGCAGGCCACGAGGUGCCGGUCACAAAAGGCGACCAAAUAGUCGCCCGAAUCUUGGACUUCUGGCAGCGGACAGAUUAAGACAGAGACAUGACCAGGCGUUGCCUCAAAUCGAGUAUCCAAUAGAGUGGGCGUCGUGGCGAGCGUUGCAGGGCAAGAUCAGAGGCCAAUAGACCUAGAACCGACGGAAGAUUUGUCAUAGACGAUAGAUAUUUUUGGCUUUUGAGGUAGAUAGUGUUCAAUCUUUUGAUCCCCCC